ACUUAUCAGAGAAACCUAAUGAGGUCAUCAUUGAGUCCAGAGGUGGUUCACCACAGGAUUCUGAAUUUAUCAUCACCAACAUUAACCCCAAUGAUACAAUCCUGAAACAAUCUGACUCGAUGUAUUCUGAAGUUCAGGUUACUGCAGGGCAGGUCAUUGGCACUGCUGUGAAAUCACGAUGCUAUUCAAACCACAUCCACUUUGCAAUCAAGCGUGAUGAUGGUACAAUUGAUCCCACUCGCUUUUUGGAACCUAGAUUUGGGGAAAUGCCAGAGUGGGUUCAAGAAUGUGAUGAUUACAAGUUUGUUUUCAAGAUGCAAACCCUGGCUGCUGGGUCUAUUGUGGGAACUGUUGGGUCGAAAGGAAGAGGAUACAAGUCCAAAGCAUGACCCUGAAGUGCCAACACCUCCAGAGAUUACAGAUUCUUUUGAUCCUGGAAACGUCUUUGAUGAACCAGAUUCUGUUGCCAGCCAAGUGUCUUCAAGUAAACAGGAGGCAGCAGUAGCUGCCAAAGGUUCGAAGGACAGUGCACUCAAGACACUUUUCCAGAAUAUUGGUGCUUUUCUGAAGAAUUUCAAGAUCAAAGACAUGAAGCUGGGUGCUCUGGUCAGAUUUUUGCAUGCAUUAAAAUUUGAGGACAGCGUGGGCAAAAUGGCUAAAAUUUUUCAAACUGUCCAGUCAAUGCUCAACAACAAGCCAUGCCUGAACCCUAACCAGAUGUCUGAUGAUGAGCUGAAGGCAGAACUGAAGAAGCAGGGAAAAGACACCAUGGGUACACGGGAUGAGUUAAUCAGAAGUCUGACAGCUCAUGGUGGAAAGUGUCCUAUGCUGUCGCUGGGACUACCCAAGCAAAUUCACUGCACAAUGGAUCAGCAUUGCCUUGGAAUUGAGUGCUGUGUGGAUGUGAAGGUGUCCAUUUUCCGAAAAGUCUACAAAGUUUAUGCCCGCCUUGAUCCCUGUGACUUUGCAGUAGUUGUGGGUCUUGCUGGAAAUGAGGUGUUUGAGAAAUCCUUUGGACCUGGUUUUGGAUUAGAUAACAUCAUUGGAGGUUUUGACGAGACCAUUGCAACAGGUUUUAGGAUCAGUCAGUUAAAUGCAGAGUUAUAUUUACGUGUGCUCUUUGAAAAGGAGUCAACGGGGGCUAUGCUAACUGUGACUGUAAAGUUCUGCAAAAAAGAUAACUAUGAUGACUGUAUUGUUGAGGUCAAUGUCCUUGACCGUGCUAUCAUGCCUAUUCCUGUCUGUGGUGCUGAUGGAUCCCUCUUCUUCCCAGAAGUGGACUGGAAGAGAAUGCUGAACAAUCAGGUUGACCGCUUAAAGAAAGAUGUCAUAGAGACAGGGAAGGAGGUAGCCAAGAACGCAGUAGACUACAUUUUUGACAAGAUUCCCUGCCUAGCAAGUGAUGAUGACUCGGAUGGCUUACCCUGUGUUCGCCCAGACACCAUGUCAGAAGAAACACUUAUUCAGACAUUGAAAGACAGAAGCCUGGCCAGUACUGGAACAAGGGAGGAAAGAAUUGCUCGUCUCAAACUUGAUGACAGAACUUGCUCAGUGCUUGGAAAAACCAUAACACUGCCAGAUAUCAGCAGCUCAAAACUUGCAAAGUAUGCAUACCUCACUAUAGACAAAAAGUGCUUGGGAGUUGAGGCCUGCAUUGACAUACCAAUAACUCAGUUGAACUAUUCCCGCUCAGUCAGAGCCUCCCUUUCACUGGAUGCCUGCAUGCCAACAAUCCGUGCUCGAUUUGAAACUUGCCAUCAUGAAAUUCUCCUUUUCAACAAUACUAUUGACAUGAAUACUGAAUUUCCACUGUCAGACUUCUUUGCUCUUAAAGCAAAUAUAGUGAAAAGGACAGGUGAUACAGCCUACAAGAUAGGCUUGGGCAUGCGCAUUCAAUUGGGAAAAAACACAGUACCAGUUCUUGAUGACAUGCUGGUCACAGAUCUACAAAUUCCAGUUCCACUGUGCAGUGACUUCAGACUACCCAACACAAGUUCUCUGAGACAAAUCCUGAGCAACACUGCCAGUUCAGUGACCACAAAUGUUGUCCGUUACUUCAUGAAGACCCUGAAGCUAGAUACCAUUUUAACUGAAGGCACAUGCACAGAAGAACAAAUGAUUGAAACAGUGUGUCCAUGGAGCAUCAAUGUAACAGGGUACUUGCCUGCUGCAUUGCGGACUCACGUUAAGUGUGUGAUGACUCCAAACUGUCUGGGACUGAAGUGCUGUCUGGAUAUCCCUAUCAAACUGCCACUGAUGAACAAGGCUGUUGAUUACUACUUGCCUUUACACUUUAUCUUUUCACCUUGUGAUAAUAUGAAAAUAGACCUGAAGUUUGGCAGCUACCAGAAGGAGGAGCACUUGUUGGAAUAUGACUUUGGAUCAAGCAAGACACUCAGCAUUGGGAGAGGCCAGAACAUGGAAGAUGCAGCACCAAUCCAGAUCACAUUUGCCAUGGACCAUUACCUAAAGCAGGAUCCUUUUGAUGAAGGCUUCUUGCUUGAUCUCAACAUUCGGGUUUGUAUACCAUUUGAUGGAGAAAUCAUUUGUAUUCCUGAUAACAAAGGUUUUAAUCUACUGUCCAAGCAAAAGUUUCCUGUCUGCAGUCCCAGAACACUGGAACAAAUCAAGAAUUUCAAUCUUACCAAGUUUCUUGAGGACAACAAGUUAGCCGCUGGCUCUGUAGCCAAUGGCUCUGUAGCCAAAUCUUUGCCUCGCAGUGGGGCUCAGCUUUUGCUCAACAUGUUUGGGAUCACAGACCAUCUAAAAGAACAGCGAUGUGACCCACUGCGCCAGCCAUAUGUCCCUGCUCAAGACGGCUGGAAGAAUGAUUGUCCAUUGAGCACCAGAGGAUUGCCAUCCCUGCCUCAAAACAUGGCCUGCCAUAUUUCUGAAGCCUGCAAUAGUGUGGACUGCUGCGUGUAUUCACAGUUCCUGGAUAUGUCCUUCAAUGUCUGGUUUGAACUUAACUGUAGCCUUUACCUGCAGGCAGGGAUAGAGAAGCUGCUGUCACCCAGACUGUAUGUUGUUGGAGAGGUUGACUGGGACACUGGUAUUACUGGAGGAUUAAAUAUUUCUGAGGCAUUCCAGUUUGAGUAUCGCAUCCGAAAGGACAAAACAAACUUCAUUGUUGAUGCCACAGUCAAGAUGUGCUUCGAUCAGCUUGGAGGAGGUUGUCAAUUUCGCUUAGACAUAAUGGCUGGAACCAGAAUACCUCAACUUGGCUGCAUCCCAGACUCCAUUCCAUUUUUUAGCAGUAUACAGCUCUUUAAAUGGGAAAAGUGUCAGCUGCCAGACCCUGCACAGGGUUGCCAGAUUUCCCUGCCAAGCUUUCUAGAUGGCGUUUGUGUGUACACAAAGGACUGUGGUGCUAUUCAGUGCUGUAUCCCUGUUGACUUGGGACUGCUUGGAGAGUAUGCAAUAAAUGCCAGCUUUGAAGUUGACACCUGUACUAAUACUUUCACUUACACUCUUGAGCGCAAAUCUGCCAAGCUCAGUCUGCCUGCAAUCACAGGCUAUUCUCAGAAAGAAACAUUUAGUGGAGGUGGAUUAACAUUCACAAUGUCCUAUGGAGUUGAGCAGACUUUGGGUGGAUACAAACUUUAUGCAAACCUGAGCAUGUGUGCUCAGAAUCCUCUUAAUGGAAAACCUUUGGGUUGCUAUGACUACAGUGUGAUCCCUAAAAAUGUCACCCUUCAUACUCCACCAGUCCACUGCGCCAGGAAGAGGAGACGACGUCAAGCAGAGCAAAAAUGGAACUGUGCUGCAUCUCCAAUACCAAGCAAUGAUCUGUGGCUGCAGAUGAUUGAAGCUGGAGCCAGUACUGAAGAGAUACAAGCCUGCAUCCAAGAAUUUCAGAGGAAGGAGGAGUCAAAGUGUGACCAGGUGCAAGGCGCUCAUGGUGAUGAAGCUAACACAUUUACCCUGAAAGGAAUCUUGGGAGCCCUCAGCUCAAGCAGCCCAUCCUCUCUGGUAUAUUGCAACAAGAAGGCAUUGGUCACUGUCAACAUAGAGGGAUUUGACUUGAUAGAAAAAAUGCUGAAGACAGUGGAGACCAUCAAGGUCGCUUCGAGAAGCACCUAUAUCCCUGGUAAAGGCUUGGACAGGUGA